AUGCAUCGCCGGUUCAGCACCAAUUCCUCCAACGACACCUCCUCGAGCCCACCGUCUUUCUCACCAACCACGGGAAAGGGCGCCCUUGCAACUAAAGCGCCCUCAACCAAGACGAAUCGUUUUUCCCUCCUAUUCUCAUCCUCUCCUAAGAAACACGACAACCAGCCCUUGUCAACAGGCUCACAGUUCGCCGGAGCCAACAGUCACAGCAGCUCUCCGCCGAUCAGUUCGGCAUCUCUGUCUCUACCGACCAUCUCGCUGUCAACUGCGAUGGCGGAUAAUCCCGCGUCGGAGCAAAUGCCGACUACUCUCUUUCAGCCUCCCUCUCCGGAGGAGGCACGCCGACAAGCGAAAGCCCAUGCCCAAUUCGGUGUCAUUGGUCAUCCAAGCCAUCGUUACACCAGUCGACACCCUGGCGGUGACUUUCCUGAACCAGUGAUGGACGAGCCUCCCUAUUACUACCUUCUUACCACCUACAUCAGCUACCUGAUUCUCAUUGCCUUCGGCCACGUUCGCGAUUUCUUUGGCAAACGUUUCCGUGAAGAGAACUAUCGACACUUGAAGCCUCGUGAUGGUUACGGUGCGCUGAAUAGCGACUUUGACAACUUCUACGUCCGUCGAUUGAAACUGCGCAUCAACGACUGCUUUGAGCGCCCUGUUACCGGCGUCCCCGGCCGUAUGAUCACUUUGAUUGAUCGCGCGACCGACGAUCAUAACGUGCACUUCCACCUGACGGGCACCUUCACUGACACCCUGAACCUGAGCUCGUACAACUACCUUGGCUUUGCCCAGUCUGAGGGUCCCUGUGCCGACAGUGCCGAAGAGACGGUUCGCAAGUACGGAAUUUCCACCCCCAGCACACGCGCAGAGGGCGGAACUCAAGAUCUUCACGUCGAGGUCGAGGAUUUGAUCGCUCGAUUUGUGGGCAAGGAAUCGUCCAUGGUCUUCUCCAUGGGCUUCGGUACUAAUGCGACCGUCUUCCCUGCUUUGGUUGGUAAGGGUGAUCUUCUGAUCUCCGAUGAGCUGAAUCACGCUUCGAUUCGUUUCGGUGCUCGACUCUCGGGUGCGUCCAUUGCGAUGUUCAAGCACAACGACAUGAAGGACCUCGAGCUCAAGCUUCGUGAGGCCAUCUCCCAGGGUCAACCCCGUACACACCGUCCAUGGAAGAAGAUCUUGGUGGUGGUAGAGGGUCUUUACUCCAUGGAAGGCUCCAUGUGCAAUCUUCCUGGUCUCGUUGCCCUGAAGCAUCGAUACAAGUUCAAUUUGUUUGUCGAUGAGGCCCAUUCCAUUGGUGCCGUUGGCCCAGCUGGCCGCGGUGUCUGUGACUAUUUCGGAAUCGAUACCGCUGAGGUUGAUAUUCUGAUGGGUACCUUGACCAAAUCCUUCGGUGCCAACGGCGGAUAUAUUGCCGCGGACAAGGUUAUGAUCGACAAGCUUCGUGCCACCAAUUCUGGCAUUUUUUACAGCGAAGCCAUUGCGCCCGCGGUCCUGAUGCAGAUCUCUUCCGCUCUCCGUAUUAUCAGCGGCGAACUCGUCCCCGGACAGGGCGAGGAGCGAUUACAGCGAUUGGCAUUCAACUCCCGCUACCUGCGUCUUGGCCUGAAACGCCUCGGAUUUAUCGUCUAUGGCCAUGACGACUCACCCAUCAUCCCCGUGCUCCUCUUCAACCCUGCAAAGAUGCCAGCAUUCUCCCAUGAGAUGCUCCGACGCAAGAUCUCCGUUGUGGUCGUUGGUUAUCCCGCGACUCCAUUGGUCUCAUCCCGCGCGCGUUUCUGCGUCUCGGCUGCCCAUACAAAGGAGGACUUGGAUCGGGUGCUUGCGGCCUGUGAUGAGAUCGGCAACGUCUUGCAACUGAAGUUCUCUACCGGUAUUGCUGGUGGCGCUAUCCCACCCAACGAGCACUCGCCCGAAGUCAACGACAAGGAUCGGGUAAGCUCACGCGGUGCCCAGCCCACACCCCCUCGUUGGCGCCUCGAGGACGUCAUCCGUCGCGGAGUCGAGGAUGUCAAAUCGCCCUUGUUCUAG